CUCCUUCCUACGAGAGGUGUCACAAAAAGGGAAGAAUUGGACAGGCAAUUAGUUAAAAUAAAUAAAACAUUUGUGAUUUUAAUCAUUUGAUAUUUUACAAGCACAGCAGCCUCCUUUAAAUGUUUUUAAAUUAUCUUCGUAUUUCUCCCCGGAAACAUCUUCGACAUGGAACAACUUCCGGUUUCGUUUGACAUUGCUAGCAGUUUUACUCAUAGUUAACAUGGCUUCGCGGUCUUUAAAUACGAUAAAACAAAUGUUUCGAGUUAUGAAAGACACGCCGGGCUACGACAGAGUCUUGAGCAAGGUGGAGGUCGUGUCUGCGGCACCGGGGAAGGUGGUGUGCGAGAUGAAGGUGGAAGAGGAACACGCCAACGGCUUUGGGACGCUGCACGGCGGCUUGACAGCCACCCUGGUGGACGUUAUCUCCACCGUGGCCCUCUUGAACACCGAGAGGGGAGUGCCGGGUGUCAGCGUUGACAUGAAUAUAACCUACAUGAACGCGGCCAAGAUGGGCGAGGACGUUCUGAUCACGGCGCAAGUGUUGAAACAGGGACGCACGCUAGCUUUUUCCACGGUGGACUUGACCAGCAAGGCCUCGGGGAAGAUGAUCGCGCAGGGACGACACACCAAACACCUCGGCAACAGCUAAACGCCAAUGUCAUGUUGAGAUCUGGAACAUGUACCAUCAAUUUUCCACCAUAAAUUGCCUUAUAUGAACUCUGUGCCAUUGAUGACGAAACCAAUUCAUCGUUCUGCUUUGAAUUGAAAUAAGUUUGUCACUAGUAGAUGUCCAAUCUUGGACUUCUUUUGCUGUCAGUGGCAGUGAAUGAGUUAAAAAGUUGGAAUUGUCGGCUGUCCAGGGGUAAUCUAAAAAUAUUCUGCCCCUGAAGCCAGUUUGAGUCGGCAUCAUUAAAUUUGGUGGAUGUCCAUAAUGGGUUGACAUACAAAAAAGUCAAGUAGCCAUGUUUGAAAAGAAACCGUAAGUUGGCAAUUUCGAUUUUAAGAAACUAUCCAUGACAGCUAUUUCAUUGGAAAGUUACAUCUUUUUGUGGUAUUUUGUUUUUACAACACUCCAUUUCUACACUAAAUCUAAUUGUCAUUUUGUUCAAACCUCACAAUAUUUCACUUUUUAUUUUUUUGAAUAUUGAUAAUAAAGUAUUUUUAGUGGA